GCCGAUCCAGUGUUAGACAUCGUCUCAUUCUAGUGACGCAUGGCUGACGUACAAAUAUGGCGCAGGAACUUUACAGAAACACUGAGAGGGACAGACACACGUGGGGAAACUGUGCACUUUUCUGGAUUAUCUGAAAGUCACCCUUGUAGUUAUAGAUCCAGAGCAAACGCAGGAUGACGAGUGGGGAUGUGGAGCGGCUGUUGAUCCAGUUUCAGGAUGAGGAGGGGGAGGUCCUGGGUUCACCGUUUGAUGUGCCGCUGGACAUCACCCCGGACAAACUGCAGCUGGUCUGCAAUGCGCUGCUACAGAAGGAAGAGCCGGUGCCGCUUGCAUUUUUUGUGCGUGGUGAGGCCGAGGUGGUGUCCAGUCUGGGCUUGUGUGUGACGGCUCUUGGAGUUGAGACAGAGCAAGUCCUACCUGUGGUGUACCAGCCCCAGGCUGUGUUCAGGGUUCGGGCCGUGGCCCGCUGCACCAGCUCACUGCAGGGCCACACGGAGGCCGUAAUCUCAACUGCCUUCAGCCCCACCGGCAAGUACCUGGCCAGCGGUUCAGGUGAUACCACCGUGCGCUUCUGGGAUUUGACCACGGAGACGCCUCACCACACUGCCAGAGGACACACCCACUGGGUGCUGACCAUUGCCUGGUCACCUGAUGGCAAGAAGCUGGCUUCAGGGUGCAAGAACAGUCAGAUCUGUCUGUGGGAUCCAGUGACGGGGCAGCAGAUGGGAAAGACUUUGACAGGACACACCAAGUGGAUCACAUGGCUCUGCUGGGAACCUCUCCAUCUAAACCCAGAGUGUCGGUAUUUAGUCAGCAGCUCUAAGGACUGCACAAUACGUAUUUGGGACACUGUGUUGGGACGCAGUGAGAAAAUCCUGACCGGACACACUCAGUCUGUCACCUGUGUUAAGUGGGGAGGAGAUGGACUUCUCUACACCUCUUCCCAGGACAGGACUGUCAAAGUCUGGAGAGCCAAAGAUGGUGUCCAGUGCAGGACUCUGCAGGGCCACGCUCACUGGGUGAACACCCUCGCUCUCAGCACAGACUACAUCCUGCGUACCGGAGCUUUUGAGCCUGCCACUGCUACUGUCAAUGCCCAGGACGUCACUGGAUCAUUGGAAGAGCUAAAGGAGAAAGCCUUGCAGAGAUACAACAAAGUUAGGGGCACAGCUCCAGAGCGGUUGGUGUCUGGCUCAGACGACUUCACCUUGUUUCUGUGGAACCCUGCAGAGGACAAGAAACCUCUGGCCAGGAUGACUGGCCACAGCGCCCUCGUCAACGAAGUGCUCUUCUCCCCAGACACAAGGCUCCUCGCCUCCGCCUCCUUCGAUAAGUCUAUCAAGAUCUGGGACGGACGCACCGGAAAGUACUUGAUGUCCCUGCGCGGCCAUGUGGCUGCUGUGUAUCAAGUUGCGUGGUCGGCAGACAGCAGGCUGCUCGUCAGUGGCAGCAGUGACAGCACACUUAAGGUCUGGGACAUCAAGACUGGCAAGCUCAACAUGGACCUACCGGGACAUGCUGAUGAGGUUUAUGCUGUGGACUGGAGUCCUGAUGGGCAGAGAGUUGCCAGCGGUGGGAAAGACAAGUGUCUUAGGAUAUGGAGGAGGUAGCCACUCAUAUGUUACUUAAACUUGGCUGAAGAUUACACAAUCCAGCAACCAAUCUCAUUUCCCCCCAACCCCCAUCUUCACCUAUCUGGAAGCCUACUGGCAGCAGCCAAGGUGACAUGGAUGUGCUUGUAAUCCCCAGUUUGGCCUUAUUAUCGUGUUUGCCAACAGCACUGUGUCAAGUGACUCCAGUCAUGGAAUGAUACAAUUGCCCUCUCCAGGUCUCAGGCCCUAGAGGAAGAAUGAAAGAUUUGAUGAUGUCAGGGGUUAGCAGAAUGGGAAUGUGAAGUUUUGACAUUUACAGCAGGUUUUAUUUUUAUCUCCACUGAGAUAAUGAGGGGGCUUAUAGUAUAAUAUUCAUCUUAAUGUUAACUUAAAACUAAGCUCUGCCAUUCAAAUGCCCCAUUUCUGGAUGUAUAUUGAUUUAUAUACAUCAAACAAAAGCCCUGACAUGUAUACUAAGUUUCAGACUGCUUGUUAAAGCUGUCUUUUGAGUUAUAAGCCCUUAUAAAAGGUAAUGCCCACAUGUCCAAAUCACAAUCAAAGUUCAUGUUUUCACAGUGUAACAUAUAAGGUGCCUCUAGGCUUGUGGCCUUGAACCUCUGAAUAAAUUCAUCAAGGGAACAGAGUAAAUUUCAAGUUGUAGGAAGACAUCACAAAGGAAAAGAUAAAUUAACAGAUGGGGAAAGCAAAUAUACAAGAGCAUGUGCAUCCAGACGUUCACCUUAAGCCUUACUAGGUAAACUAUAUAGGUGACAGGUGGACUGGCUAAGCAGCAGGUGGGGGGGGCUAAUACAUCCUCUGUGAUGUUAAUGCUGACUGCACCGGUCGUGCUCUCCUCAGCCUUUAAUCUCCUCUGUCAGGCAGUCGGCAAAGCCCUCGCCUACUGAUUUUUUUUUUUUUUUGUGGCGCUAUGGUGCAGACGGGGAUGACCACACACUGACCUCUCUGCUCCUGGCUCUGCUGAGGAAAAUUAACUCUGUUUUAGCUUCUAUGUUUAACUGGCUUUGUAAAUAUUUCAGACUAUUAAAAUGUGUUGCUAAAUGCCAUUGUAUGUCCUGGUUGUAAAAAUAGCAACAAGCGGGACCUUUGUUUCCAAUAAGGACCACAGCCUGGUUAUCUGCCUUGGGCUUCAUAACAGAUCAGUUGUCUGAUUGCACAUGGAGACAUGAAUAAACACAGUCACACA